UACCUCGAUUUAUAUGGAUGUGAUAUUAUUUCAACAUUGGAAUAUAAAUGUUGUGCCAGUAUUAACGUUGCUAAUAAUCUACUUAACGCUUAUUGCUUGAACAUCAAUGUAGUCCCUAAUGAGCUGACUUUGAAUAUAGAAUUAACUGCUGAUGGUGAAAGUUUCUAUAACGGAAAAUUAGAUCCCAGCAUUGCUCCGAUAUGUUUACCAGGCUCUCUUUUGUGCCUAGCCAUUAAUCAUGUAAAUGUUGCUUUGAGUGAAAUCUGCACAAAGCUCACUUUAGGGCCAGUUACCUUAGUAAAGUUUCCUUGUGUUGGUAUUGAAGAUGGCGAGAUUUUUUUCGACGCAAAUACAUACACCAGAUAACUUCAAAAUCAAUAAAAUAAUUUUCAGUAAUUAACAUACUAAUUGUCUAGAGAUAAACAAAAACGUGAGAAACACACAAAAUUAGACAGAACGAUAUUGCCUGGUUAUGAACUAUAAACAUUCAUUUGCUAGCUUUUUGUCAUGUAAGGAACAUGAUGAAAUCCUUGUGUUAUCUAAUAUAUUUAAUGCCGGUGGUUCUGGCAGAAAACAUCUGCGAAAAACGAUCAAGUAUUGUUUAUCAAGAUUAUACAGCAGAUGAAUGGGUCGAAAGUCAAGAGUCCACUUGGGGAAAUACGGAGAAGUGUGUUUUAUUUUAUACUUCAAACAGACAGAAUCGGGACCUACAGAGAGUUCUUCCAUCUGAAGUUGAAAACAUCACUGGUGUCUCUUCAUUCAACAUAAGCCUGAAGACCAUUUUUUUAAUACACGGAUGGAAAUCAGUUUAUAAUUCAACAUAUAACCUUAUGUUAGGAAAUGCUUAUCUUGAUGUAAGAGACGUAAAUAUUAUCUACAUAGACUGGGAUAAAUGGGCCAACAUCUUUUACCCCAUCUCUGUUUAUCUACUUUCACGUGUAGGGGAAUAUAUAGGACAAUUUAUCAAUGAAAUAUCAGCAACAUUUAAUUAUUCCUUGGAAAAUAUUGAACUAGUUGGACAUAGUUUAGGAGCUCAUAUUUGUGGAUAUGUUGGUGGAGCCACAAAUAGUGCAAUAUCGAGCAUUACUGGUCUCGAUCCUGCAAAACCAGGUUUUUCGAAAUAUCAUCCAGAAUCUCGACUGAGUCCAGAUGAUGCCCAAUACGUGCAAGUGAUCCAUACAGCGGGAUUGAUGGUAGGUUCAAGCUAUACAGUAGGUGAUGCAGAUUACAUUCCUAAUGGAGGAUGCACACAACCUGGAUGCUGUUUGCUAAAGCCGAUAUGUGAUCAUGAUCGAUCUUAUCUCUACUUUAUUGAAUCAUUGCGUUCAGACCAAUUUAUUGCCAAAAAAUGUGAGAGUUAUGAUGACUAUCUGGCUGGCCAAUAUAAAAACGAUCCUCAGAUUAUCAUGGGAGGAGCUGCUGUCAACAGAACGUUGUUUGGAAAAUAUUGCCUCAAAACCAACAGCACCUCACCUUUUGCUCUUGGAGAUAUAGGACUUUAAUAUACACGAAUUUAUAAAAAAAAAACUGUCUGUUUGUUCAC